GUGAUGUUAUUACCUACUUGAUAUUCAUUCAUAUCUCGAAAUGUAUGCUAGUUUUGGGCUUAACAUUAUUAAUGAAGGUUUCAUUUGUAGGCUUUAGAUUAUUAUGGUUAUAAAUUAUAGUUGCAGUUUACUACAAAAUAUUGACAAGUGCGACCUAUAUGAUUACAAUUGCGAUUGUAAGGUUGUUGCAGAGAUAUCUAAAACUUUAUACUGCAACUAUAAUUGCUGACGUGGACCGCAAUAUAAAACAAAGAUUAUAUGUUCUACAAUGUUUUAUGGUCCAGUUUAUUUAUUGCAUUAGUUGAGCUUUCUGACACCAAAUAGAUGAAGUUGUAACUUAAUUUUAAGAUUGUGGUUUUCAUUUGGUUGAAUGGAGAGUGCAAGAAUCAUUCAAUGGUUGGUAUUAUGUGCAUUGCUAUCACUUCAUGCAGAAGGAAAUUUUGUUCCAAUGACUCGGCUUGAAAAUGCGGUAUCAAAAGGAGCUGUGUGUUUGGAUGGAAGCCCCCCAACUUUCCAUUUUGAUGAAGGACAUGGAGAUGGAGUUAACAACUGGAUUGUUCACAUUGAGGGAGGCGGAUGGUGCCACAAUGUCCAAGAUUGCCUUGGUCGAAAGAAUAGUCGUUUGGGUUCAUCGGACCAUAUGAAAGAGAAAAGUUACUUUUCUGGAUAUUUAAGUAACAACCAACAAUUUAAUCCAGAUUUCUACAAUUGGAAUAGAGUCAAGGUUAGGUACUGUGAUGGAUCAUCAUUUACUGGUGAUGUGGAAGAAGUUGAUCCAACAACCAAAUUGCACUUCAGAGGAGCAAGGAUUUUCUCUGCUGUAAUGGAAGAGUUACUAGCAAGAGGAAUGGUUCAUGCUAAAAAUGCUAUUCUUUCUGGAUGUUCUGCUGGAGGAUUGACUUCUAUAUUACACUGUGAUGGCUUUAAAGCACUAUUACCUAAUGGAGCUAGAGUUAAAUGUGUCUCAGACGCUGGUUAUUUUGUUAAUGUAAAGGAUAUCUCAGGAGAACAAUUUAUUGAAGAGUACUUCCGUCAAGUUGUUGAAACACAUGGCUCAGCAAAGAAUUUACCUACAUCCUGCACUUCAACACUCAGUCCAGGGCUGUGUUUUUUCCCACAAUAUAUGGCAUCAGGUAUCAAAACGCCCAUCUUCAUUGUAAAUGCAGCCUAUGACUCAUGGCAGAUUAAGAACAUUUUAGCACCUGGUGCUGCCGAUCCAAACGGUCAAUGGCGUAGCUGCAAGACUAAUCUAAUCAACUGCUCACCCAAACAACUAAAUAUAAUGCAAGAUUAUAGGUCACAAUUCUUGAAGGCCUUGAGUGUUGUAGGCAACUCUUCAUCAAAUGGAAUGUUUAUAGACUCUUGCUAUAUCCACUGCCAAACAGAACCACAGGAAACAUGGUUACAAAGUGACUCUCCAACGGUUGCUAAUAAAACAAUUGCAGGGGCAGUAGCAGAUUGGUUUUAUGAAAGAAGUGCUUCCCGUGAGAUAGAUUGCAGUUACCCUUGCAACCCUACUUGUCAGGAUCGUGUAGAUGCAUUACCCUACCCAGGAAUAUACUAGAUUACUCAUCUAAUCAAUUAUAUUUAUAUUUAUCAUUCAUAUAUAGUAUUGAAUGUAAAAAUAAAGCAAGCCAGAAGGCGUCAUUGCAUUAUACUAUACUAUUUAUGAAAUUGUAAGUUCGAUGCUAUUAUCACUAAUUGAUGUGUCUAAUUUACUUAAUGUCGUUAGUUUCUCAA